CAACUUUAUGUUCUGAAAAACUGGCGGGGGAAAUGGGGCCUGUGCACUCUGCAGUAUGAAAACCCGACAAAACAAAGAUUCAAUGUCAAUGAGGAGCGGGAGGAAAAAGGAGAGUUCUGGCCCCCGAGAGGAGAGGAGGGCUAGAGGGCGAGCAUCACCUGGGGCUAUCAGCACAUCCAGCAGUGACAGUAAGAGCGAGAAGGGACGGCCAAGCUGCAAGAAGGGUCGGCUGGACGAUUCUGUUCCCAAGAACAGUAAAAGAGAGCGUGUGAAGGAUUCCUCAGAGAGCGAGAGCGAAGCGGCAAAAACGCAGAAAAAAACAAAGAUGGAG